UGCGUCUCCAACGCGCGAGUCGCGGGCACUUUGACUGAGGCUCCAAGCCCGCCCAACUUCAACCAACCUCCCCAUAUUGAAAUUAUAAGAGUUUCAAACACCAUAUUUUUCCUCCCUCCUUUCCUGUGUAUCCCAUUCCUUACUCUAUUUAACUAUUGCUUGUAUAUAGAAAGCAGAAAGCAGAAACAUAAACAUACAAAAUACAAUUAUGCCCACCCAGACGUUGACGCGUCGAAACUGGAAUGGCAUCAUCGCAUUCCGGCCCUGCUGCUGCCGCUGUUCUUGAACCGGCAUCCCCGACCCUGUUGAACUCGCUCAAGGCGAAGGAGAAUAGGAAGGAAGAGGAAACACAAACGGCCCAGCCAUUGAAGCGGAGAAAGAUAUCCCGUGGUGGAGGUAGCGUUAUACCCCGGACGGAGACCAAGGCGGCUUUCAUUAGCUCUCCGUUCACGAUACGGCCCCACCCAGACUCUCCCCAAUCACAGCUACGGCCGCAAGUCAAUCCAAAAUUAAUCCCGAUCGCGCUCGUUCCUAGAUCCAGAUUGCCAUUAUCAUGGCUCGACCCUUGUCCAAGCGCUGUUAAGCGCAUACAGUCUGGUAGACUGUUCAUUGCGAAUAUUCCGGCGCUAGAUUUGGAUUUGCACCAGCAGCAACAGCAGGAGCGCAAAUGUGGCCCAGUUGUUCUAGCUGCGCGACUUGCAGUGGAUGAAGAGGAGGAGGGGGCGGGGAAGUCGGAGGAGGAAUUUUAUGUUGUGGAGAGGGUUAGGAGGGGGGUAUAUUCCGUAUGUGCACUGGGGAGUUGGGUAGUAGAGGGGGAUUUGAUGGUUGCAGCGAAAGGAAUGGCGAGGUAUAGCUCUCCUUCACCUAUGCGAGACUUUGUGGGUGAAGAAUUAGUUGGUGACGAUAAUGGCCAGGAGGGUGGUCGUACCGAGAAACAGGGCAAUUGGUUGGAGAAAGCCACAGUUCCUGACCCAGCUGCUACAUUUUCUGGGAAACGGAAGGCUAUGACGAAAGAUGUGACUCUUGCAUUUGGCCCGAAGCUUUGCAGGGAGAAGGGGUUUCCGGACCUUAGCACUGACAUGAGUGGGUUGAGCUCGACUUCUGGACUUUCCAGCGUACAUUGUGAUCAGGUUGAUGGGAGGGGCUCAAUGGGCUUAGAAGCUGAUACCCAUCAUACCAUUCUGCGACCGGUGUCUAGCAAGGAUACCCAGCUUGAUUCGCACUUGCAGGCAAUUGGCCUUCCGUUGUGUGAAUCUACAGAAGCGAAAGUUACUCAAUCUCCCCAGGAACUUUUUGACAACCUGAGGUCGCAGUAUCUUGAGGCAUUAUAUAUCUCGAAGACUUCGGUGGCAUAUUUUGCGAAGGGACCCCUUUCCCGAGCGCGGGCUAGUUUCCAAUCUCCCAAUGAGGAAAUUUCAAUGAAACCCACAGACCUGUCGAAUUUCUACAGGGAGUGCAUACUACCUAUGAAAAAAAUGGACCUCAAAUAUAAAGACUCUCUUCCAAAAGCGAUACAGGAUAUCCCCAUAGGAAUGUCCGACGAUGAAGUCCCAGCAAAUCCAGCAAAACCUCGAAAGCGAAAAGCCAGGAAAGCAAAACUUGGGGAAAAUGGAUUGUAUCCAGAGGAAAGUGAUUUGGUUAGAAAGUGGUGGAGAAAUCGGAGCCUUUCUGAAGCAUCCGUUCCACAGCAGUCAUCUAGGCAAGAGGAAGUCAAGCGGCUAAUCGGCGACUUACGACUACGAGAGACUCAAUUGCAGGUUCUCUUGAUUCUCGAGACGAUCUCUUUGGAAGCUUCGUACAAUAGCAAAGCUGCCCAAGUGUUGUCAGCGGCCGCAGAAACCCAGGCUAGCAAGCCCCAGAAGCGAACAAAGGGGAAAAAACAGCAGGACUUAAAUGUGUUGCUUGAAUUGCUCGUAGAUAGGCUAUGCAUCUGGCAUGCUGUGAGCUUCAGCGACAUUCUACUCACCGAUUCUGCUAACGGUAAGAGUGAAUCAGCCGGUAAGGCAACAGAGAAUGAUAAGCUUCGCGACUUUUGUACAGAGGUCAUCAUCCCUUUUUAUGCGGGUCGUCUUCCGGAUCAGUGUAAAACCAUCAGCCGAAAGCUGGGCGGACCUAUUGCUAUUUCCCCGAGUCGUCCUCCAAUUUCUCGAUCAAAAUCGGGGUCAGCAGCACAGCCCGGAGCCGCGGUGAAGAGGACCCACAGCCAAAGAUCACAGCGCACCCUACAACGCGUUUUGACUGAUGAGAAAAUGGCUUCAAGGAGCAGGGCACCAUCGCUCUCGCGUUCCAACACUAUCGCGAGUUUGGACGGGUUGAAACGCGAAAACAGCGAACCACCGUUGUUGUCUUUGAUAUCAGGUGCACGUGGAGGGAUUCAGAAACCAAAGCGUGUGGAUAAUCGAGAAAUUGACCUUGACGCUGUUGCCAAACAGCACGAAGUGAAACUAAAGCGGAUGAAUUCACUUCUGGAGCAGAAGAAAGAGCUCGAUGCAGCCAUCAAUGCCUUGAGAAAGCCCAACAGGGAACUCGUUGCGAAAGACUUUGCAGAGACUGUAGAAAGACGAGUGUCCACAGGGUCAACAAGAAAAUCAAAGAAUCCUGUCCGAAACCCAUUUGGUCAAGGGGUGCAGGUAAUGGCUACCCCUAGAGGGUCGCGGAAAAAAGACUGUAGUGCUGUUGCUGGAGAAAGCUUGACACGCAUUAGCCGAGCAUUGAGUUCGUCGAAUGAGAAACUCGUUCCAUCGCCGGCAUUGAGUAGUGACAUCCAACUCAUCCCAUCCUCGUCAACACGACCAAGCCAGCUUCCUGGUCGACAAGCUUUCACCUCGCGACGUGGCCGUCACAGCCCGAUCCAUGAAACACCGACAAAAACAUCUACACGACUGUCAUCUCGCCCAUCGAAUGACGGGACUACCGAUUAUAAUGACUUCGAUUCGACUCCGCUUCCCAAGCAAUCCGGCGUUUUAUUUAAGGUCCCCAAGAUUCCGGAAACGAACCAACCAUUUGGGCAGCAACAAGACAUGUCGCCAAGUGCGUUGCGGAAAACGAGAUCAUAUCCCAGCCUCACCCUCGGCGGUAACAACAACGACAGAAACAACAAUAACUAUAAUCAUAUUACUAACAACCCUCCUGCUAUCCGUAUCAAUAACCCAACCUCCUCAAUCCAAGAAACGCCGCCCCGUCCUACAUCAUCCUCCUACCUGUUGCCCCCAGAAAACAAUCAUGUACCACGAUCUCUAACCCGCGAUAAUGAUAAUCAAGAUAGACGAGACCAAGAAACCAUAAUUUUUACUACACCAACAAAAAACACAGCUGCUGUUAAGUCUGUGCCUGGAGCGGGCGGCAGCACUUAUCCGACCGCCAAUACUAAUAUUUGUGUAGUAGAUGCGACGCCGGAGAAAUCUAUAUAUGACCAGUUGGGAUGGAAUGAUCAUGACGACGAUGAUGAUGAUGAACUUGCAUUGCCUUAGAAAUAUUAUCCUUGUAAGGAGUUUGUUUGCGUGGGUGUUUAUUUUAGUAUUAUUCAUUUCCCCAGAGUCAAUUUACCGCGGGUCUUUUUGUUCAUACGCUCGUUUUUACCGUCAAGACCCUUUUCGGCGCACAAACAAGAUGCAAACAGCUGGACGGAGUAUUGUUGCUCUCUUGUUGUGCUGCCAUUUUCUUGCUUUCCCUUUCUUUCCUUUCUUUUCCUUUGAACUAAAACACGAUAACAUAGACAUAGAAAGUGAAUGAUGAAUGAAUGAGUUACAGAUAUCUAUAUCAGAGA